UUUAGGUGUGCUAGGGGAAAGACCGGCCUCGCUCUCUGGGGCCAAGGGAGCCCCUUCCUUCCGAGCCUUUCGGCUCCACCCCCUCCGCGGGAACUUUGUGCUUCCGGCAAGCUUGUCCGGAGCUGGGACCCUCUGGCACAGCUGAGUUGAUGACUGCUGGAGGGACCAUUGGUAGAGCCGAAGAAUAUGAAUAGUUUCUCAAGAAAAGUACAUUACUUUUGGCACAAGAAGCAGAAUAACUGUGAAUUAUUAUCACGUGGAAUUUUUCAGUAAAAAUCACUGAAAAAAUUCAUCAGGUGAACAUAUAUUUUUGCUUUUUAAUUUGGUUAAAAGCAAUUUAUUUUUAAAGAAAAUAUGUCUCCUCUGAAGAUAUAUGGUCCUAUCAGAAUUCGAAGUAUGCAGACUGGGAUUACAAAGUGGAAAGAAGGAUCCUUUGAAAUUGUGGAGAAAGACAAUAAAGUCAGUCUGGUCGUUCACUACAACACUGGAGGAAUUCCAAGAGUGUUUCAGCUAAGUCAUAACAUUAAAAAUGUGGUACUACGACCCAGUGGAUCAAAACAAAGUCGCCUAAUGUUGACUUUACAAGAUAACAGCUUCUUGUCUAUUGACAAAGUACCAAGUAAGGAUGCAGAGGAAAUGAGGUUGUUCCUAGAUGCAGUCCAUCAAAACAGACUUCAUGCAGCUAUAAAAGCUUCUCAAGGUUCUGGUAGUUUUGGAACUAUCCUGGGCAGCAGGACCUCUCAGAAGGAAACUAACAGACAGCUUUCUUACUCAGACAAUCAGGCCUCUUCAAAAAGAGGAAGUUUAGAAACUAAAGAUGAAAUUCCAUUUCGAAAAAUUCUUGGCAGUCCUGGUAGAGGACCAAUUAAGACUGUAACCGGAAGUGGAAUGGCUGUUACUCGGACUAUUCCUUCUAUGACACUGACAUCAACACCUCUUAGAUCAGGAUUAUUAGAAAACCGCACUGAAAAGAGGAAAAGAAUGUUAUCUGGUUCAGAACUGACUGAAGAUUAUCCUAAGGAAAAUGAUUCAUCAUCGAACAACAAAGCUAUGUCAGAACCUUCAAGAAAAUAUUUAACCAGCAGUAGAGAAAAGCAGCUGAGUUUGAAACAGGCAGAAGAAAAUAGAACAUCAGGGCUUUUACCUCUGCAGUCAUCCUCAUUCUAUGGGAGCAGAGCUGGAUCAAAGGACUACUCUUCUGGUGGCACUAACCUGGACAGGUGUAAUGUUUCAAGCCAGACUCCUUCUGCCAAAAGAAGCCUGGGGUUUCUUCCUCAGCCAACCCCUCUGUCUGUUAAAAAACUGAGGUGUAACCAGGAUUACGCGGGCUGGAACAAACCUAGAGUGCCCCUUUCCUCCCAUCAACAGCAGCUGCAGGGAUUCUCCAACUUGGGAAAUACAUGCUAUAUGAAUGCUAUCUUACAAUCUCUGUUUUCACUCCAGUCAUUUGCAAAUGAUUUGCUUAAACAAAGUAUCCCAUGGAAGAAAAUUCCACUCAAUGCACUUAUCAGACGCUUUGCAAACCUCCUUAUUAAAAAAGAUAUUUCUAAUUCAGAGACCAAAAAAGAACUACUUAAGAAGGUUAAAAAUGCUAUUUCAGCUACUGCAGAGAGAUUCUCUGGCUAUGUCCAAAAUGAUGCUCAUGAAUUUUUAAGUCAGUGCUUAGAUCAGCUAAAGGAGGAUAUGGAAAAACUGAAUAAAACUUGGAAGACAGAACCUGUCCUUGGAGAAGAAAAUUUACCAGAUACAUCAGCUACCAAAGUGUUCACCUGCCCUGUUAUUACAAACUUGGAGUUUGAAGUUCAGCACUCCAUUAUCUGUAAAGCAUGUGGAGAAACUAUUCCCAAAAGAGAACAGUUCAAUGAUCUCUCCAUUGACCUUCCUCGGAGGAAAAAACCACUCCCUCCUCGUUCAAUCCAAGAUUCUCUUGAUCUUUUCUUUAGGGCAGAAGAACUUGAAUACUCAUGUGAAAAGUGUGGUGGAAAGUGUGCUCUUGUCAGGCACAAAUUUAACAGGCUGCCCAGGGUCCUCAUUCUUCAUUUGAAACGAUACAGCUUCAAUGUGGCUCUCUCGCUUAACAACAAGAUAGGACAACAAGUCAUCAUUCCAAGAUACCUGACCCUGUCAUCUCACUGCACUGAAAAUACCAAACCACCUUUUACUCUUGGGUGGAGUGCACAUAUGGCAAUUUCUAGACCAUUGAGAGCCUGUCAAAUGGUGAAUUCCUGCAUCACCAGCCCUUCUGCACCUUCAAAGAAAUUCACCUUCAAAUCCAAGAGCUCUGUGACAUCAUGCCUUGAUUCUGACAGUGAGGAUGAACUUAAACGCUCUGUGGCCCUCAGUCAGAGACUUGGUGAUUUGCCAGGCAAUGAACAGUACCAGGAAGAUGUGGGAAAAGAUUCGAAAUUGUGCAGAUUAGAGCCUGGGAAGUCAGAACUUGAGAACUCAGGAUUUGACAGAAUGAGUGAAGAAGAGGUGCUGGCAGCUGUGUUAGAGAUAAGCAGGAGAGAAUCUUCGCCAGUACUCAGCCCUGAAGAUGAUGAUAAGCCAACCAGCAGUCCAGACACCGGGUUUGCAGAAGAUGAUAUUCCAGAAAUGCCUGAAAAUCCAGAUGCUAUGGAAAUUGAGAAGCCCAAAGCAAUCACUGAGCCAGGUCCCGCUAGUUUUACUGAGAUAACAAAAGACUGUGAUGAGAAUAAAGAAAACAAAACUCCAGAAGGCUCUCAGGGAGAGGUUGAUUGGCUCCAGCAGUAUGACAUAGAACGGGAAAGAGAAGAGCAAGAGCUGCAGCAAGCACUGGCUCAGAGCCUUCAAGAGCAAGAGGCUUGGGAACAGAAAGAAGAUGAUGACCUCAAAAGGGCUACAGAACUAAGUCUUCAAGAGUUUAACAGCUCUUUUCUGGAUUCCCUGGGCUCAGACGAGGACUCUGGAAAUGAGGAUGUUCUUGAUAUGGAGUACACAGACGCUGAAGCCGAGGAGCUGAAAAGAAAUGCUGAGACAGGAACUCUUCCUCACUCCUAUCGGCUCAUCAGUGUUGUCAGUCACAUUGGGAGCACUUCUUCCUCAGGUCAUUACAUUAGUGAUGUGUAUGACAUUAAGAAACAGGCAUGGUUCACUUACAAUGACCUAGAGGUCUCUAAAAUCCAUGAGGCUGCCGUGCAGAGUGAUCGAGAUCGCAGCGGCUAUAUCUUCUUCUAUAUGCACAAGGAGAUCUUUGAUGAGUUGCUGGAGACAGAAAAAACCUCUCAGGCGCUUAGCAUGGAGGUGGGGAGAGCUGCCCGUCAGGCCUCAUGAGGAGAACCUUGUGGGCGGCAGCACAAGCUGCACAUCUCUCACUGCCACCCUCCUUGACAUCUUCUGCCCGAAGAGAAUUGGGAACUCUACUUGAUGCAGGAGCAACAGCAGCUCAGGGCCAAACCAAAAGAAACUUCAGUCAUGUGCAACGCUCCAUGCUGUUUUAUGGAAACCUUGGUCUCAUCUAUAGCUGAUUAUCCUCUUUUUCUUCUACAAGAGUGCCGCUUCCUUUUGUCUUAGGAAUGAAUACUUACUGUAACUAUAUAUGUACAUACCCACACACAUAUACUGAAUGAAUGGAGCCUUAAAGAGCUAGGAUGGGCCACCAGAAGUAGUACCCUGCUCACAGUGAAUGCUGCAGCUGUUGGCCGAGAAAUCAAAGUGUCCAAGCACAUUCAUCUAAGGUGGUGUGGGGAUGCACAUAGCGUUUGGGUUUUUUGGUUUUGUUGUUGUUUUGUUUGUUUGUUUGUUUUUCCAUCUUUUGAGUGGGUUCACUCAAGUCCAACAUUUUAUGUUUGUUGUAAGUAAAGCUCGCUGGGAAGCUAGUUACACUAAAAACAGUUUAUUUUCCUUGCAAGAGGCAUUUCUGUAGCCUGAUUUGAGUUUAAUUUUUCUUUUGAUUUUAUGACUGUCCUGCUGUUUACAUGCAGUUUCCAAACAGUGGAUUGUUGGUGCUUCCGAGUGUUACAGCCCCACACUUGCUGGUUAUCAUGCCCUUGGCAUUUUCUCUCAGAUGCCUCCACACGGUGUGUUCAUCGUACUCUUCCGUGGUGUGCUGAUGGUAAAGCUUGAGGCUUAUAUUUUCUUCUGUAUCAUCUUCCCAUGGAACAGGCAUGACCCCAAUGGAUUACAACCUCAAUUAUAAAAGGUUCAAAGACAACUUCAACUGGGACUCUGACAGGGAUGCUUAGGGCAGGGAAGAACACUGGUCUCUGUCCUGCAGGCAGAGAAAGCAAGGGGUAUGCCACUUUUUACACUGCAAAUUCUGGGCCACUAAAGCUAAAAGCUAAACACUGUGUUGCAAGGGUGAAAACAAGUAGUGGGAGGGUAUUCCAGGAGCUAUCAAUCAAAGGUGCCUAGUACAUAUCUUACUUAUUAGUGAGUGAGACCAAGUGUCAGUGCAGUGGCAGGUACUGCAUGAGUCACUGCCCACAUGACCUGCCUGGGAAAGCAGCUAAUGAAACCAUGGAAUAAGCCUUGGGGGACUUGUCAGCUCAAGUGUCAUUAGGAUUGCACAGACCUUAGCAAAAUGAAGUCUGCAUUCAUUUUGUUCCCUACUUUUUCUUUUGUUAUUAAUGGGAGGGUUGCUGUGAGUUCUGAGUUAGGUAUGAAACUAUAUUAGAUUUUCAGAAGAUGUUAAAACCCAUCACUGAAGAUGCAGCAUCUUUUCUGGAAGAGUGUAUUCAGAGAGCUCCAGCCUGACUCUUGGAACCUGGGUGUAUUCUCACUAAUCUCCUCUUCUAAAGCUCUGAAUCACUGACUGUGCUUCGGUGCUUUGACUACUGAUAAACUCUGACUCCUCCCAUCUACCAGCACACAUUAUUAUAGUGAGUGUUCCAAAGUGGCACGAGUAGGGUACACAGCAGUUUACAACAGAGAAAAACAUUUGUUUUUAAAGCUAACUUUAAAUUGUGUUGUUUUACCUCGAGCAGGAGCCUCCUUUUGUCUUGUUUUUCUUGAAAGUGACUUGUUGUCUUGAGCGGGGUGAUGAUGGUGUGCUUUUAGUGAGUUCUCUCAUCUCUGCACUGAAGAACUUCGAGCAGUUGAAAUGAUGAGGAAGUUUAAAAAAAAAAAAAAAAAGGCUCUGCAUCGUGGCAUGGAGGACAGCAGACAUGAUGCCCUCAGUCUGGACUGCCUCCCGGGCAUCUGGGCCACUCUCAGACCUGCUUAUGUCCCUGUUGAGUUAGAAGGCCGCUUGGCACAGAGCCUGAUUCCUUUUGACUCUCAUGUCUUGGGCAGGACUUGUUAGUUAUAAAUAGGUUACUCCUUGCAAAUUUAGGACUUGAAUUUUAUGUCCAGUCCAUGUGAUGACCUGUCAGCCUCCCUGCCCCCUUCUUUCCUUUAGCUUGACUGCUUGACUCCAAAUGGCAAUCUCACCUAGACUGUAUUGAUAGGGUGCUGGUUGUUCUAAGGUGUCUGUGUCUAUUUUAAAAUUAUGAGUAAAUAAUAUAUUUUCUUUUUUUAAUACUGUGAUCAAAGAAUUGGGGGAUAGAACAGUUAACAUGUUGGGCUAAGAAGGGACAAAUUAUUAGAUGGGAACAGAGGGUAUUGGUUCCCUUCAGUCAGCAUAAUAACUUUCCUAUGUAAAAUGCCAAAUGUAUGGUUAUGUUACUUUAAAUGACUGAACUGGAAUUUUAUAGCAACUAGUACUCUAUGCAGUCUUCUCAUCUUAGCCAAAACUGGAAGAGAGAAUAAACUAAAAAGUUGAUUUUCUACCCCCACCCCCAUGUUAUGCAGAGUAAAAAAGCUGCAUGUGAGUGUUGUUUAUUUUAGUAGCCAGGACUAUUGUUUAGAUCUGUAGGGAGGCUGGUACUCUUGUUUCAUAGGGAUAGAUGUGUAGACACACACUCAAGCUUUGUCCCAGCAGGAAGAAUAAGUAAAUCCAUGAAUUGUUUAUUUUCUGAUUCCAAAUUGGUUUCUUACUUUCUAUGGUCAGGUUUAAUCUAAACAGCUCAGCAGUAGCAGACAUAGCAAAUGUAGAUGUUUGUACAUUUUAAGGUGUAGUGCUUACAAAUCGGUUAACUCUGGAUGCAAAUAUUGAACUUCACUUUUUUUUAUCUUCUAGAUGAAGUAUAAAACUUAGGGGAAGCUCUAAUAGUUCAAACCUCAGCAUAGUGACUGAGUUUUUCCCUCCGCACCGCAGUUGGCUGUGGUGUGGUGUGGGCCCAUAUGCAGAUCUCUUAACUAGGUCGAAGUUCAUGUGGGCCUUGUAUAUAUACAGACAUUUUCAGAAACGUCAGCACAGCACAUGAAAGUUGCAGAAAAGUGUCAACUCUCUGCCUGCUUUAUAGUAACAUCUCCCUGCAAAUACAGGUUUCUGUCCUCUUAACACCCUUGUAGUGCAUUACUUAAAACUCUGUCUAUAUUGUCUUACCAUCUGGAGAACUAUUUUAUUGAAAAACUCUAUAGUUUGUUGGCUGUGGGAUUUUUAUAACAGGGGUACUCUGUCGCCACAGUAGACUCCUUGGUGGCUUACUUUAGUUACUAGAUCUGAGCAGUCUCUCAUUUGUACACAAUUAGGAAACUAUACUUUCCAUGAGUGACCUGUGUCUAAGGUCUGGAGGUUUUAAUUAUAGGUGUUCCCAUAUGAAUAAACAUUUUAGUCAGUAGACUUAAAAGUUACAGAUAGGAGAUAGUCCUCAGGCCUGAGAGGAAGCUGGAUGACAGCCAGUCAAGACAGGCCAGAUCAAGAACAAAGGGCAGUUGUCUGAACUAGUCAGUCAGAAUAAGAGAGGGCAAGAGGGAGACCAUUGUAGCGUGUGCACCUGUCCCCUUGCUUCCUUCCUCUUCACACUUCCUCCUUGCCCUCCCUAGCCUCUUGGUGGAGGUUCUUCAUGCCUGGGGGAGGGAACAAGUGAGGUUCCUGCACUUUGCUGACUGAGCCACUCCCAGGUUUGCUGGCAGCUUUGGCCACAUUAUUUGUGAGGUGGCUUUUUUCCUUUGUGUUCAGAGUGACUUGGGUUCUGAUUAUUGAUGUUUGUGUGGAACGGCGCUUUAUCUGUGUUUUAGCAGAACUGUUCCUCUUAGCCUUUAAGGGUUUUCCCUGGUUUUGUUUUCUUUUUAAAUUAUACAGAUUU